AAUCAUACAUUUCGCUCACUGAUUUCUUGUUCACAUUCCAGUGUAUAAAAUUCUGGUCCCCAUUAAGGAGACACUCCAGUUCUCAGGGAAAACCAGACUUGGCAUUGCCGUCCAUGAGUAUGAGACAGGAAGAGCUGUGGUCCAGGAUGGAACGAAAGUCAUACUGCACAUACCAGGUGUUCGAUACAUGCUCAGCAAUUCAGGUGCGCGUUCUCUCUCUCUCUCUGGAGUAGACACUUACUUCAACUAACGGGAGGCUGGCCAGUUGUUUUACCACCUAUCCUGCUUUUCCCAGCUCUUGUGUGGGCCCCAAAGCCCCCAGCAGUAGACGGCCCCAACUGCUGUCGCUGUCCCUGGUGCUGACCAAACGCUAACGCUUCUGCGUUGCGGCCUUAGGGCCACUGGUGGUGCCCAGUUAUUCUUUUAUUUUCCUUUUGUUCUUUUCUUUUCCUCUCUUUGUUGCUGCCCUUAUUGCUGCCCAAUUAUUCUUUUCUAUCUCUUUCUCUUUCUUGUCUCUCUCUCUUUCUUUCUUUUCUUUCUUUCUCUUUCUUUCUCUCUCUCUUUUUCCUCCAGAAAAUGCUGCAGACUGAGUGUGAUUUUGAAGCAUAGACUAGACUUCGAGGAUGAACGUGACAUUUUGGCUCUCUGUACAUCCCCAUUCACACUGAAGAAUCAACACUUACUUGCUGAUCAAUAUUCCUAGAACUGGUGGCACAGCCAGGACCUACGCUGAUGCUUACCUCCCCCUCUCCUGCCGCAGAGACGCCCCAGGGAGGUGCCAAGGGUCCCUGGGGAAGGCGGGAGAUGGGGAAGGGGCAGGGUGAGCGAAGAGGAGCAGGCUGCGUCUGCACGCAGGCUGGGAAGCGGGGCUUCCGGGCCGCAGGGUCGCGGGGACGGGUGUGAUGCAAUCGCGCCACAGCCGCUGCGUCAAGGGGCGGCUCCGGGAUGAGGGGACUGCGGUAGAGCCGGUCCCGCCCCCGCCGCCCGCCGCCCGCCUUCGCUAACCCCGCGGACAGGCGCCGGGACGACCACCCAGAGCCACCGGAGCCCCCUGACACCCGCCCCGAGUCACCGGUAACCCGCGGCACCCGCCCCGGGGCGCGCCAUGAAGUCGGCGGCGAGCUCGCGCGGGGGCGGUGGGGGCGGCCGCGGGGGCGGCGGCUGGGGCGGCUGGGGCGGGGGCCGAGGCGGCGGCGGCGGCGCUGGCAAGGGCGGCGGGGGCGACGGCGGCGGCCCGGGGGGCAAGGGCGGGUUCGGGGCACGGGCGCGCGGCUUCGGCGGGGGCGGCCGGGGCCGGGGGCGAGGCGGCGGAGACGACAAGGAUCGCGGCGGCGGCGGCGGACAGCGGCGGGGCGGGGUGGCCAAGAGCAAGAGCCGUCGCAGGAAGGGCGCCAUGGUGGUGUCGGUGGAGCCGCACCGGCACGAAGGCGUCUUCAUCUACCGCGGGGCGGAGGACGCGCUGGUCACGCUGAACAUGGUGCCGGGCCAGUCGGUGUACGGCGAGAGGCGCGUCACAGUGACCGAGGGCGGCGUGAAGCAGGAGUACCGCACGUGGAACCCAUUCCGCUCCAAGCUGGCCGCGGCCAUCCUGGGCGGGGUGGACCAGAUCCACAUCAAGCCCAAGUCCAAGGUGCUGUACCUAGGCGCCGCGUCGGGCACCACUGUCUCCCACGUCUCCGACAUCAUUGGCCCAGACGGCCUGGUCUACGCCGUCGAGUUCUCCCACCGCGCCGGCCGCGAUCUGGUCAACGUGGCCAAGAAGCGCACCAACAUCAUCCCUGUCCUGGAGGACGCGCGGCACCCGCUCAAGUACCGCAUGCUCAUCGGGAUGGUGGACGUGAUCUUCGCCGACGUGGCCCAGCCCGACCAGUCCCGCAUCGUGGCCCUGAACGCCCACACCUUCCUGCGCAACGGGGGCCACUUUCUCAUCUCCAUCAAGGCCAACUGCAUCGACUCCACCGCAUCUGCCGAGGCUGUGUUUGCUUCUGAGGUGAGGAAGUUGCAGCAGGAGAACUUGAAGCCCCAAGAGCAGCUGACCCUGGAGCCCUAUGAGAGGGACCACGCUGUGGUGGUCGGGGUCUACCGGCCUCUUCCAAAGAGCAGCACCAAGUAGCACCCAGCUCAGGCUCGCCUGCCAUCUCCCCAAGCCUGUGUUGUGUUUGCUAUUAUUUUCUAUGUGUUUUCUUUGUGCGUGUUUUGUUUUGUUUUGUUUUUUUCUAUUAAACUGCAUAAAGAAACGGCA